GAUCGGCUCUAAAACGAGCGCGAAGACCUUGGCUCUUGCCAUAGUAUUUCUAGUAAGCUAGUGGAAAUGAAUGACUGGUUUUUCUCGUUGGAUCUAAAUCUUCAUCUCUGCUAACGGUAAAUUGAAGGAUUCUAGUGAGCAUUGUCAACGUGGAAGCAUUUUGUAAUUAUUCAACCCUUGUUGAAUUAUUACUCCUUCAGAAAAGUUCAAAACUAGAUCUAAUAUGGCAGUGACAGAGAAGAAAUUGGGCAUGGUAGAAGUAAAUAAAAAAGAUGUGUACAUCAAAUCGUUUAUAGCUGGAGGUGUUGCUGGUAUGUGUGCAAAGACUACAGUAGCACCUCUUGAUAGAAUAAAAAUACUUUUGCAAGCUCAUAACCAUCAUUACAAACAUCUUGGUGUGUUUUCUGGACUAAAAGGUAUUGUUCAAAAGGAAAGCAUUUUUGGCUUGUACAAAGGAAAUGGAGCACAAAUGGUUCGCAUUUUCCCCUAUGGAGCAGUUCAGUUUGUUUCAUUUGAAAUUUACAAAAAUAUUUUAAAAGACAAUUUUGGGCAAUCUCAUGCAUUAAAAUUUUUUGCUGGAUCUGCAGCAGGUAUAACAGCUGUUGUGAUGACUUAUCCUCUUGACGUUGUUCGAGCUCGCCUCGCAUUUCAAGUUACCGGGGAGCAUGUUUAUUCUGGAAUUGUCGACACUCUGUCAUGCAUUUUCAAAACUGAAGGUGGAAUGAGAGCUUUAUACAAAGGCUUAUCACCAACUGUUCUUGGCAUGGUACCAUAUGCUGGUUUAUCAUUUUACGUUUUUGAAAGAUUGAAACACAUGUGCUUGGAGUAUAUACCUAAUUUAUGUGGACGACCACAUUCUAGUGCAACUGGUGGAGUUGUUUUAGCUUUGCCAGCUAAGCUUUUAUGUGGAGGACUUGCAGGAGCUGUGGCACAAACAGUUUCCUAUCCCUUGGAUGUUGCUCGCAGAAAAAUGCAAUUAAGUAUGAUGCGACCUGAGACAUAUAGAUUUGGGGAAGGUCUUGUUACUACUUUGGUUUUAACAUUCCGUGAAGAUGGAAUUGCAAAAGGCCUUUAUAGAGGGAUGACAAUCAACUAUUUGCGGGCCAUACCAAUGGUUGCUGUAUCAUUUACCACUUAUGAAGUUACUAAACAACUUCUUGGAUUGGAUACUGGCAUUGAAUCUUAAUU